GCUUGUUCGCCUUUCCCCUCCGCGCUGAGGCCAUUUAAGCGCAACCGACAGCCCCCGCGGAGCCCAAUUCCGCGCGCUCCCUGCGCUCCUUCUCCUGAACUGAGCCGGUGUCGUCGAGGCGCCUCCUCGGGGAGGCGGCGGAGGCUGCGCUGCCUAUGGAGAGCCGAGGGGAGGGCGCAGCCGCCUCCGCCGGCGACAUGGCCGCCCUGCACGCCGCCAAGGGAGCGCUGCGAGCGGAGCUGAAGCGCCGCCUGGGAGCCCUGAGCGCCGCCGAGAAGCUGCGCCAGUCGCGCCUCGUGCGCGGCAAGGUGGGUGAGGGCCAGCAAGCCUGUCUCGGGGAAAAGUCUUUUCUGUGGGUUGUUUUUUUCUCCCCUCGCCCCCGGCCAGGCGUUUCCUCAGAGGCCGGCCAACCUGUGUCCCUCAAGGCUCUUUUGCCCUCUUCCCACGCGACGCUGGUUCACCUGCAAUUAGAAAAACGAAGCGGGGAGCGGGGAAAGCCCCUUUCUCCAUGGAACGGCGCGCGCGGCUGCCCGGGAAGCGCAGCCCGUGCGCCCUGGUCCCCCCACCCCCGCGCGCGGGUGUUUAUGAUAGAGACAGAGAGAAAGUGAGAGUGUAAAGUUCCCUCUGGGGGGGAUUCCCUCCCGCCCAGAGAAAAACCCCUCCUUGAGUUGAAUGAGAGCGCUUGCGGUGACGUAAGGGAACGGCCAGCACGUGGAAAGGGGCGGACGCGGAUAUGCCCCUGGAGAGGGUGGGAAGUGAGUUUUUUAUUCGGAAGUGAGGUUGGUAAUGCGUCAUCCCCCGGAAACGUGUGCGUGGGGAGCCCCUGCGGAUACGCAGGCCCCCUCGGAAGUGAGAUGUUCCGUUGAGUUCACUGUGGCUGCUUUCACCCCAAAAAUGGAUUGCUUGUGUUUAUGGAACUGGUUUUUUGUUUAAAAACCUAUUGCUUUUGUUUGUUUCUGUAUUACUUUGAGGGGAUGUUGUGCAAGCCGCUUUGUGACCAUCGAUGGUGAAAAGCUGCCUAAUAAUGUUGGAAAUAAACGCAGCAUUAAAGGGGUUUAGGGACUGCAAACCUUACGCUUUAAAAGAGGGAGCGGGGCUGAGGGCUGAAAUUUUUCUGGAGGCUCGCAUACUCUGGCCUGGCAACCUUUUUCCUUCCCACAUGUGGUGAGAUUGGGUAGAAUUCAGCAGUUGAGGGAGAUGCAUUUUGUGUAUGCUCAGAGGCAGCCUCUACUUUAUUGACACAUCAUGAAUUCAUAGGGUGGAACAUAAUACAUAAAAAACAAAGCUUUGAGCACUGCCGAUGCAAAGUAAGCUGCUUCACCUUUGUGCAGUAUUCAUCAAUUCUGUCAUGCCAUUCAUCAUAUAUCUAUAUUUCAUUUUAAUACAGAACACACAAAAAAUAAAUAUAGAAGUAAACAAAUAUCCAUCACCUCCUAGCAACUAAAAAGGAAAAAAGGAAGAAAAACAAUAAUAUUAAAUAGUUCUUACAAUAUAUUUAACAUAAAAAUGACUUUUUUCCUAUAUAACUGACCUCAUCAUUCAUAACCACCUUCUGUUUCCUUUUCACCCCAUUCUCAUAGACUGAAACUUCCUUUUGCUUCCAUAAUAUUUUGAGAUGAGUGAAAAUGUCCCAGGAAAGGAAUGUGUUAGUUCUGUGACCUAGCCUGGACCCAGCAUGAGAAUGGCAUCAGAUAAGGACAUUGAAAGCUGCCCUGUACUGAGUCAGAGAAAUGGUCCCUUUAACUCGAAGCGCCUCGAGGAUUUCAGGCAGGGCAAAUUUCCCAAAUAGGAGAGACCCCUGCUUGAAAUCUUGGGGAGCUGCUAGGAGUCAGCGUAGGUAAAAGUAAAGGUAAAGGACUCCUGGACGGCUAAGUCCAGUCAAAGGCGACUAUGAGGUGUGGCACUCAUCUUGCUUCAGGCAGAGGGAGCCUGCAUUUGACCACAGACAGCUUUCCGGGUCAUGUGGCCAGCAGGACUAAACUGCUUCUGGAGCAAUGGAAUGCCCUGAUGGAAACCAGAGCUCACAGAAACACCAUUUACCUUCAUGCCGCAGUGGUCCCUAUUUAUCUACUUGCACUGGCGUGCUUUAGAAGUGCUAGGCUGGCAGGAGCUGGGAGAGCAACGGGGAUCUCACCUCGUCGCGCAGAUUCAAACUGCCAACCUUCCAAUCAGCAAGCCCAAGGGGCUCAGUGGUUUAGACCACAGCGCCACCUGCUCCCUAGAUGUUCCACUGGUUCCCUUCUGUAUAAGGCUCCUUAUUUUCCUGUAUCACUGAUGGCAUGUGAUGCCAGUGUUGAUGCUUACAGUAUCUGGGGACUGAGGGUUACGAAUCAUGGGAUGUAUAUCUUCUGAGCCUUUUCCCCUCCUUCCUGCAUGAGUCUCAAGAUCAUGGGUAGGCAAACUAAGGCCUGGGGGCCGGAUCCGGCCCAAUUGCCUUCUAAAUCUGGCCUGCGGAUGGUCCGGGAAUCAGCGUGUUUUUACAUGAGUAGAAUGUGUGCUUUUAUUUAAAAUGCAUCUCUUGUGGGGCAUAGGAAUUCGUUCAUCCCACCCCCCAUAUAGUCCAGCCCCCCACAAGGUCUGAGGGACAGUGGAUCGGCCCCCUGCUGAAAAAGUUUGCUGACCCCUGCUCAAGAUGCUGUGUGUGCCUUAAUUAGUAUCAGAGGGGAAGUGUUUUUUUCUCCCUAAUUUAUCACAUCUCCAUCACUUUUUCAGCCGUGUGCGGGACAGAGGUGUUAAAUGCUUAAAACACAUCACUUAGGACUACUUUGGUUACAGUUUUGUACCUGCGCAAAUAUUUCUGUGUCCGUAAGUUGCCUUGAGCGUGGUUUUAACUAUGGAAAGGCGACAUACAAGUGAACGAUUGUGAUCAUGAUUUUGCUCUGAGCAGGUCUUUUGUUUCAUUAUUACAACUGUUUCUUGUUUUUGUAAUUGCAUUUCUGGUUGCUUUAACCUGCCCUGGUGCAUGGAAAUGUUAGAAAUCACAGUAGUUUAAUCAAAGCAGCUUCUUGAUGUUAUGCUGUGAACCGUCCUGAGAUUUACGGGUAUAGGGCAGUGUACAAAUUUAAUAAAUAAGAAGAAGGGGGGGGAGUAUUAUGGAAGGUUGGGGAUGUGGGUUGCAAGUUGCAUAUAAGUUGCAUAUCCACUGACCCACUAAACCUGACUAAUGAUUGCUGAGCGCUCUUGGGCUAAGGGAUGGCUCAAUAGUUUGUCUCCUGUGUAAUUCCUUGCAGGCCCCCCCUGACUUGUAUAAUAAUGUGAGAAUCCUUAUUGUUAUGUACUGAAGUUCUCACCCUGGGCCAGCAGGGGAAUACUGUAGAUAGUUUUCACUCAGGUCCACAUAUGUAAAAAAGGGAUUGAAAGUGACAUUCAGUGAUUGGAUAGUUACAGAAGGUUGUUACAGUUGCGUUGUACUGGAGCUCUAUAUAAGUAGGCUGGCUGAACCCUUCAAUUCAGUUCUGUUCUGGCCUGUGAAUAAACAAGAGCUGUUUGAAGAAUCGCUGUGUCGUCUGAUAUGUUCACCCACAACUUAACACUUAUCUCCCAGUAAAUUAAAACCAGUUUUUAAAGCAUCUCUGUUUCUUGUACACCGGAGUGAAGUUAGGAGCCCUGCUUCAUCCGAUGAGAAUUCGCCUUUCAUCUUCAUCUGGCUUUUCAAUACCCUGAAAUGUAACAAGAUGCUGUCAGUCAGGGCCUGAACGAGAUGUAUUUGACUAACAGAUGGGGGAAGAGAGAUGAAAGAAGCCCACCACUGAAAUGCCAGAAAACGAAAAGGAGGUGGAGAGAAAAUUUAUUUAUUCGAAUGAUUACUCAUUUGACAGAGGUCUUAAUUUGAAAUGAGAGUAGCUGCACUGGGCUGACCUCACCACUGGCGUUUAAUUAGUCACUGGGUGGCUUUGCUUGCUGAAUGUUUCCUUUUGUGACUGAAGUCCUGCUGGUUUGCAUGCUCUGAUUCGGCAAUAAUAGCCAUUUCCUGAUCCAGAAAAGCAAGCAGAUUCCUUUUUUUCUUGCUUGCUUUUGGUAAACUGCUGUACAGUUUCCUGUGUUGUUCACAGUGCUGUGUGGUUGUGGAAGUUUCCACUGUGGGUGUCUUCUGUCUUUAAAUAAGAUCUCUGAAUCUCCCAGGGGUAGGGGGAGCGAGGCCAGUGCACAUCAAAGUACAUUCAAUUUAAAUGCAAAUAUAGUGGGAAAUUUGCAAAUUUUAAAAAUAACCUAUUGCCUGAUGUUGAAGCUUGGUUGGGAGGGAAAGGUUUGGUAUCAGGAAAGGAGCUCAAGUUUCUAGGCCAGUUUAAACCUGGCAAUGGCCCAGGGCAGAAGUAAUUCUGGACUCUUCUAAACUGGGCCAGCCCUAUCAUUAGGUAGGGGGAAUGUGACUGAUUUUGGGUGUCAUGAAAUGACAGCAAAUUCUUCACAGAAUCACAGAUUUGUAGAGUUGGAAGGGACCACGGGGGUCAUCUGGUCAAACCCACGACUCUGGGAUUAAGAGGCUCACGCUCUACUGAGUUGGUUAUUUAAUUUCAUAUUUAAUAUCACAUUGUAUUUUCACUCCCAGGGACGAGGAGAGGUGCUUGUGGGCCAUUCAGCCUCAGGUGCCAGCAUAACAUGAACACCUUGAUACACCUUUGAUAUUCUGGGGGGAGCACCAUUUGUUCUUCCCUCUUGGGCAGCAAAAUGUCUUUGGUUAUGUUAUGUACUGGGCCAGCAGGGGGAUACUGUAGAUAGUUUUCACUCAGGUCCACAUAUGCAAAUAAGGGAUUGAAAGUGACGUUCAGUGAUUGGAUAGUUACAGAAAAUGGUUACUGUUACUUUCUAGUGGACCUCUAUAUAAGCAGGCUGGCUGAACCCUUCAGUUCAGUUCUGUUCUGGCCUGUGAAUAAACAAGAGCUGUUUGAAGAAUCGCUGUGUCGUCUGAUAUGUUCACCCACAACUUAACAGGUUAGUUCUGCAUCCAAACCAUGGCUUGCUCUAGAGUGAUUCCCCCCCCCCCGCCCCACCUUCCUUGUGUCAAUCACAGCUCCAUAUUGCAUUGCACCAGUCUAAACCAUGCUGAAUUCAAACCGUGGACCCCUUGGUGUGAGGUGGGUCUGCAAGCUAUGGUGAUCCUGCCAUGUUGUUUGUACAAACCAUGGUUUUCAUUAGCAUGCAUGUGAUGCAAAACUGUGAUCGGCACCAGGAAGAGGAACGUUCUCUCCAAAGAGGUGGGGUGAGAAGGGAGCACAUUUUCACAAGACUGGCUCUUGAUUUGUAGAUCAUGGGGGUUGUAUCAAAGUUCUACUCAGAGUAGACCCGUUGAAAUUAAUGGAUCAAAGUUAGCCAUGCCCAUUCUUUCCAACACUCUGAAUAGGACCAGCAUUGUUUGUAGGGAGAUAGUUCUAAGUGGUGGGCUUCCAAACUUGGAUGACCUUAAAUAUAAUCUGGAGAGCUGCCUGAUCAUGUCCAGUGUUGUGUCAUCUCUGAGCCUAAGAAGAUCUGCCUUUUUCCAGUACUUGUUUGGGAAACCUGCCAGGAAAAAAAGCAUGCCCCCAAUUUUUGGUUCCUUGAAAGAACAGAAGGAUGCAGACAUUAAUAAUGAAAUAAAACACAGUAUUGACAACCGUCUUGAGUAGCUCCUUGUAAACAAAUGAGUGUAAUGUUCACAUAUAUCAGUUUAAAAUAUAUAUUUAUAUCCUGCCUUUCCAGCUUGCAGUAAGUUGUGAGCCACUUGAGGCAGCUAACGAGAUUUCAGAUUAAAACAAUCAUACCGUAUAUACAACCGUCAGACCAAUAAACACAACAAAUAAACUUGGUUGUAAGAGGAUGAUUUAAGAGCCAGUUGACCCAUAAACCUGUUGGAAUGAAACAUGUUUUAGUUUGGCAUCUUCAAGCCUUCAGGGAAGGGGGCAAAGAGCCCCGAAGCCUAGCAGCGACACAAAUUCUUCAGAAACCGUGUAAAGAUUGGCAAAAAUUAUGGCUGAACUAGCUGGUACUUAGUAUGCCUAUGGUGUUUUCCUGAGUGCUCAAGGGAUUUCAUCUACAUUAUUUGCACGAUCUUAAUAACAGUUUUGUAAUGUUGGCUGCUUGCAUUAUGCCCACAUUACAGAGAGUGUCUUGCCUCAGGUCAUCCAAGUGAAGCUCAAGGAGGAGCAGGAAUCUCUUCAGGGACUCCCAGCUCCAUUUUCAGAUUGAGUUCAUGCUUGUAACUAUUACGGCUGCAUUGAGUCCCGCUGCAGAGAUAAGGAGAUUCCACAGCCCCAAAUGAGAAAGCCUCCGAAAAUAAUCCUGUUUCUUAAUCCUGUUUACCACAUGGCGGUGCUCCCUGCGGAGAAGCUGCCAGAAGCUAAACACUUGGGGGAAUUUGGGGAUUCAAGAGUGCAUGUGUGUGUAUAUGUUUUAGGGGCGUAUGAAAUUGGUUGCCCAGGAGAACCCAAACACCUGCCUAGCUCCCUAGAAGGUAUGUUAAGAAGAGGGCUGCUGGAUCAGACCAAAUGUCCACCUAGUGUAGCAUCCUCUUCUCAAUCUGGAUACCAUUGCUGAUUUACAAACACCUUGCCAAUUUGGAUCCAGGAUACCUCAAGUACCACCUAAUCCCAUCUAUCCCUGUCCAGUAACUGAGGUCUUCAGGGGAGUCACCGUUAAUGGUCCAUCAAGGUUGGAAUGCAUGGCUUGUAUCACUUAGGACUGUGGGCCCAAUUUUGUGGCUCUCCCUUCUAGCUGAGGUCAGGCAGGCCCUCUCCCUACAGAACCUCCAGCACCAACCAAAGACUUUUUAAAAAUCCCAACAAGCAUUUUAAUUUCAGAUUUUAAUAGUUUUUUUAAAAAAACCCUUUUUGUAUUGUAAACAGCUUAGAGGCCAUUGUAGUUAAGCCGAGACCAGAUAACACCGGUUCUGAAAGACCUACAUUGUCUCUCAGUACGUUUCCAGGCACAAUUCAAAGUGUUGGUGCUGAACUUUAAAGCCCUAAACGACCUCGGCCCAGUAUCCCUGAAGGAGCGUCUCCACCCCCGUUGUCCAGCCCGGACACUGAGGUCCAGCUCCGAGGGCCUUCUGGCGAUUCCCUCCCUGUAAGAAGUGAGGUUACAGGGAACCAGGCAGAGGGCCUUCUUGGUAGUGGCGCCCGCCCUGUGGAACGCCCUCCCAUCAGAUGUCAAGGAAAUAAACAACUAUCUGACUUUUAGAAGACAUCUGAAAGCAUCUGUGAUUAGGGAAGUUUUUAAUAUUUGAUGUUUUGUUUUUAAUAUUUUGUUGGGAGCCGCCCAGAGUGGCUGGGGAAACCCAGCCAGAUAAGCAGGAUAAAAUAACAAGUUGUUGUUGUUGUUGUUGUAAUAAGUUGUUGUUGUUCUUCUUGUUGUUGCUGCUAUUCAGUAUUUAAAUUGCUUAAAUAAAUAAAAACAGUAUGAUUCUGCCCCAAUUGUGAUUCCUUCCCAGACACUGGUAUUCAGAGGCAUAUUGUCUCUUGACAGGGGAGGUAGAACAGUAGACACCAUGACAGGAUGCUCACAAGCAGGGCACCUCAAAAAUAUUAAGAUUAGAUUGAAAUCAGCGACAGCCCCGAGGACUCUGGAGAGGAAGGGGAGGGGGAGGAAGAGUCCAUGGAUCAGAGACCUCCUGCUCAGGACCCCAAGUUGGAGCCAGGCCCCUCUGAUGAAAUUCUGCUCCUAUGGAUGUCUUGCAGCCUCCCCCCUUCCUUGGCUCAGGAUGCAAAAGUCGGGGCAUCCAAUACCAUCGUACCUCGGAAGUCGAACCGAAUCCAUUCCAGAAGUCCGCUUGACUUCCCAAACAUUCAGAAAGCAAGGUGUGGCUUCCGAUUGGCUGCAGGAAGCUCCUGCAGCCAAUCGGAAGCCCCGGAAGCCCCGUCCGACAUUCGGGUUGCAAAGAACGUUCGCCAACUGGAACAGUAAUUUCUGAGUUUGCGGUGUUCGGGAGCCGAAACAUUCGAAUCACAAGGCGUUUGGGAUCCAAGAUACGACUGUAGUGGGAGGAUUUGAGCAAGGCCUUUUACCUGAGGCAGCAGUGGCAUUGUAGUGGUUAGUGUAUUGGGCUAGGACCCAGUUCAAAUUCCUGCUCAUCCAUGAAACUCUGACCUUGGGCAAGAGUUGGAAACUCUUAUGUGAUUAAGCCCAAUGCCUCAAGGAAAAGGUGGGUUCUCCCACAGUUUUUUCUCGUGAACUUUCCAAUCUCUCUGACUGCAAACUCCUGUCUUUCCCCGUGCAGGUGUUGGAGCAUCCUAAAUACCAAGCAUCUCGGAGAAUUGCAGUCUUCCUAAGCAUGUCGGAUGAGGUCCAGACAGAAGAAAUCAUUAAGGACAUUUUCCAGUGUGGCAAAGAGUGCUUCAUUCCGCAUUACAAGCCCCGGAGCAGCCACAUGGACAUGGUGAAGCUAGCUUCCUACGAAGAAAUUGCUUUGCUCCCCUUGACUUCCUGGAACAUCCAUCAGCCGGCUGAAAACGACAUCAGGGAAGAAGCCUUGUCAGCGGCAGGUGAGCUUGGCGAGCGCGGGGCUGUAAUUUGGUGCCAGAAUACAUCCUUGUGAGAGAGAUGAGUAAUGUUAUGACCUAUCAAGGCAUGGACAGUCAUUGACAGAAAAUAUCCAAAGUGGUACAGUGGUUAGACCAGGAGUGGGGACUCUGUCGCCUUCCAGAUGUUGGUCUCCCAAUCCCAUCAGCCUCAGGCAGCAUGGCCAAUAGUCGGGGAUCAUGGGGCUUGUAGUCGAAAACAUCUGGAUGACACCAGUUUCCACAUCUGUGCUCUGCUGCACUGCAAAAACACACACGCAAUACAGUACACACAAACAGAGAGAGCAAUUGUUCUGCAAAAAGACUGGGAAUAUAUCUGCAUGCUAGUCUGUGAAUCAGAUCAGUUCUCUUCAAAUUGAUAAGAUGCAUGGACCAAGUUUGCCUAAAAACAUGGACUGAAUCAAAUCUUCAUCAACAUCAUCACCAUCAUUUAUUUAUACCCCAUCCAUCUGGCUGGGUUUCCCCAGCCACUCUGAGCGGCUCCCAACAGAAUAUUAAAAACACGAUAAAACAUCAGUCGUAAAAACUUCCCUAAACAGGGCUGCCUUCAGAUGUCUUCUAAAAGUCAGAUAGUUGUUUAUUUCCUUGACAUCUGAUAGGAGGACGUUCCACAGGGCAGGCGCCACCACCAAGUAGGCCCUCUGCCUUGUUUCCUGUAACCUCACUUCUUGCAAGGGAGAGAAUCGCCAGAAGGCCCUGAAAGAGUCUCCUUCUGCUGUUUUCUGCAGAUGCAAUAGAGGCGGUGAAGAAGGUCCUCUUUGCCAUCGCUAUCACCACUUGGUAGGUUCGAUGUUGAGCUCUAACCUCUGUCAGGUCCGAUUCAGAAUGAGUUUUCCACCACCGGCGUUGUAGCCGUCUCAGUGAUUGUUUCAUCGCCCUCAGCUCCAGGGAAAACCACGGGGCUGUCCGGGCUCCAUGGAAUCGGAGAGGGCGCUUCGGAGCCAGACAGUCGAUAGCCCUGGUUAACUCCACAAUCCAGCGGGCCACCAGGGAAUCAGCUGAAAGGCCAUCAACAUGGAAUAAAACAUCCCCUACCAUUCUCUGGAAACAUUUGGAUCAGGCUUCCUCAAACGUGGCCCUCCAGAUGUUUUUGGCUUACAACUCCCAUGCUUCUUAGCUAGCAAGACCAGUAGUCAGGGAUGAUGGGAACUGUAGUCUCAAAACAUCUGGAGGGCUGAGUUUGAGGAAGCCUGAUUCGGAUCCAUUGAAUGGUGGGGGCAGACCAUCUGAAUCGGUCCCACCUCCCUGCAGAGGGGAAGGGUCACAGAGAAGUCCUUCAAGUCCCUUUCCACCCCCCUCCAAUUUUUAAAAUUGAAAGUACUUCGUUCUCUUACAGGACUUUAGAAUUGGUACAUAAGCCAAGAGAAGGGGAAGAGUAAUUUCAAUUGUGGGCAGAAGAAAUUCAUUAAUCGCAUACGUCUGCAUGAAGGUAUAAUGAGCGAGCUAUUUUAAUCAUUCUCAGACUGACAUUCUAUGGACAUUAGGUGCAUACCUGCAUUUAAGAAGCCCUGGAAAAAAUCCACCCGUGUAGUAAAUAACGUCUUGACGGCCCCAUUGAAGGAUUUAAAUAAGAUGUGUGCAAAAUGACAGAUAGAUGGAGCGCAUAUGUUGGAAGCGGCGAUGUUAAAUAUAACUACAUAAUGGGAAAAACAGAAAAUGGUCCAAACAAGAUUGUAAAGUGAUUGCCAGGACUAUUAGAUUUUCUUCCCUUCAGGGAGGGUUGAUUAAAAUUUACAGUACAAUAUAUAUCCAAGCGAGAGAUUAAUUUAAAAAGUAUUUUUUUUCUGCCUUUUUUUUUUUUUAUACUGGUCAUAAAAAAGACCAUGGCAUGAGACAAAAUUGAAAAUCAAGGCUUAGCUCUUAAUGUAAUUUAUUUUUUAAUGAAAUGAUUUGAAGUUUGGAAUGAACUUCUGCUCAAAGACAAUGAGCCAUGGCACUUCUGUGUCGGGUGGGUGGGUAUCGGGAGAAGGGAUUUGGGUCUAGCAAGGCAUUAGUAUGCUGGUGAAAGAGCCCCUCUGGGGAAGAAGGGGGAGCAGGAGCAGCUCCUGAUCCUAGUAGUGCUUCUAAACUGCCAGGGAUUCUCAAGGCAGAGAUGAAUCGAACGGUACCGUCCUUUGCAGGCGGAACUCAGUUCCACGGAGUUAAUUUCCUUAUUAAAUUUAUAGCCUUCUCUUCCUCCCAUAGGAGCCCAAGGGCUGGAAGCAUCAGGUGAUAAAAUAAUAAAAAGAUCUCAAAAAUUAAAAUAAAAUCCAGUUCGGAUCCAGACCAGGAAAGAUCCGAACUGAAAAGCCUUGUUGGAAGAGGAAGGUCUUCAGUCAGUGCUGAAAAGACAACUGAGACUGUGCCUAUCUAAAUGUUCAACGAGAGGGAAUUUCGCCACACUAAAGGCCUGAUUCUUACUUUGUGUAGAAUGGAGUUACUGAUACAGUAGGAUCUGCAGAAGAACAUCACUUGCAAAGUGCAACGAUCCAUUGGGUAUGCAAGUGGUGAAAUGAUACCCGCAUUGCUCAGAGCCCUUUUCGUUGUGUUUUUGUGGGUGUGUUUUGCAACAUGUCACUGGGGCAAUAAUAGUGCAUAAGUGGACGAUUUAUACUGGGCUGCCUGCACAUCAUUCCACUUUAUUAGUUGCUCUGCAAUGCAAGGGUCUAAACCACUGAACCUCUUGGGCUUGCCGAUCAGAAGGUUGGUGGUUUGAAUCCCGCGACGGGGUGAGCUCCCGUUGCUCUGUCCCGGCUCCUGCCAACUUAGCAGUUCGAAAGUACACCAGCGCAAGUAGAUAAAUAGGCACCGUUGCGGCAGGAAGGUAAACGGCGUUUCUGUGUGCUUUGUCUUCCAUCAGUGUCCCAUUGCGCCAGAAGUGGUUUAGUCCUGCUGGCCACACAACCUGGAAAGCUGUCUGUGGACAAACGCCGGCUCCCUUGGCCUGAAAGUGAAAUGUGCACCGCAACCCCAUAGUCGCCUUUGACUGGGCUUAACCAUCCAGGGGUCCUUUACCUUAUCUGCCUAACCCCAGUGUUACUUCAUUAUUGGGAUCCUCUGGUACUAUAGUGCAACAAAAGCAAGACAACCCCCCCUCAGGUUACGUACUUAAUUUGUUCCGGAGGUCCGUACUUAACCUGAAACUGUUCUUAACCUGAAGCACCACUUUAGCUAAUGGGGCCUCCUGCUGCUGCCGUGCCACCGGAGCACGAUUUCUGUUCUCAUCCUGAAGCAAAGUUCUUAACCUGAAGCACUAUUUCUGGGUUAGCGGAGUCUGUAACCUCAAGCGUAUGUAACCUGAAGCGUAUGUAACCCGAGAUACCACUAUAAAUAUUACACUGUAUUACACGGUAUAUAUUACUGGAAAUGAAACUGCAUGUUGUAUCCAAAGCUAGCCUUACUAGGAGUAUUUAUUUUUAUCAAUUUGUUGUGCUGACUUUCCCACUCCCCCCCCCCCAAGGCAGCAUGCAUGGUAGUCCCCCUCCUCAUUUAACCCCCACAGCAACCCUGGGAGGAGGGUCAGGCUGAGAGGCAGCGACUGGCCCAAGGUCACCCCGAGAGCUUCAUGGCUUAGUGGGAAUUUGAACUCUGAUCUCCCAGGUCCCAAACCGACAAUCUAACCACACUGGGGCUAGAUCUAUUGGAAGGUGUUUUGGGGUUGUUUUUUAAGAGAACUGUGGGUGGGGGAAUUUGGGUCAGGAAAUUGAAAUCUGUCAAGUCUGUGGGAAAUGGCUGACCCAGAUUAGCUGUGUGCAAAACGGCUCGCUUUCUUUCUGAAACUUGAGCAACGAGGGCUACUAGAGGCCCGAAAACACUUCCUUUAGCCAGCAGGUGUCAGUAUUCUGUAGAUUUAGUAGUGAGAUUGAGUGACACUCCCCCCCCCCCCCGCUCCAUGUAAUUAAAUUCUUGCUCAGACAUUGCAGUCACAUACAGGAGACAGAUCAGGUGUCCCCAGGGAAGUCUGAAGGCAGCUGUGCCAUGUGCAGUCAUUUCUCUUAAAUGUGAGCGUAAGAAAAAUACUUGUGGGGUGGGGGCUGUGACAGAGGCCAGUGAAACCAUGAAUACUUUGGAGACAAUGUUUUGUUUUGUUUUGUUUUGUAUUUAUACCACCUUUCAUCUGAAUAUCACAGGGCAGUCCACAACAUAAAAAUACAACAUGAGAAAGCAAAAUGUAUACUAAAACAAAAACAAAUACCCCCCCCCUUACAAACACGUUUAAAAUGAUUCUCUGUUAAUCAGCCAGAUAGGGGUAAAUAGGAAUGUUUUCACCUGAUGCCUAAAGAUAUGUAAUGAAGGUGCCAGGCGAGCCUCCGUGAGGAGAGCAUUCCACAAACAGGGAGCCACCACAGAAAAGGCCUGUUCUCGUGUUGCCACCCUACAGACAUCUUGUGGAGGAGGCACAUGAAAAAGGGCCUCAGAUGCUGAUUGCAGGGUCUGGAUUGGUUCAGAGGCGGUCCUUGAGAUAUCUGGAGACAGUGAAUGUUCUGCUGGGAUUUUCUUCCCCCUCUCAGAACGCUAGAAUUCUGAGCCACUCGGCAAAAUUGAUUGGAUGUGGACAGAGCAACAAGUUUUAUUUUACCUGGUAUAAGAAGGUUAGUUUAUACAAUGACACAUUCUAACUAGGCAAAAGCACUCAAGGAGGGUACAAAGCAGAGCUGGGAAAGGGUGUUGCAAGUGUGUGUGUGUAGGUUUGAGAGUCCAAAGGGCCAGCUGUUGUUGUUUAGUCAUUUAGUCAUGUCUGAUUCUUCGUGACCCCAUGAACCAGAGCACACCAGGCACUCCUGUCUUCCACUGCCUCCCGCAGUUUAGUCAAACUCAUGUUAGUAGCUUCGAGAACACUGUCCAGCCAUCUCGUCCUCUGUCGCCCCCUUCUCCUUGUGCCCUCCAUCUUUCCCAACAUCAGGGUCUUUUCCAGGGAGUCUUAUGUUCUCAUGAGGUGGCCAAAGUAUUGGAGCCUCAGCUUCAGGAUCUGUCCUUCCAGUGAGCCCUCAGAACUGAUUUCCUUCAGAAUGGAUAGAUUUGAUCUUCUUGCCAUCCAUGGGACUCUCAAGAGUCUCCUCCAGCACCAGGGCCAGCUAGAGAGGCCAAAUUUGGCCCCUGGGUUUGAGAUUCCCCCGGGUUGGACUAGAUGAUCCUUCCAACUGUUACAAUUUUAUGAUUCUAAGUCCUGGCAUGCGUGUGCGUGCCUUUCCGUCUUCAUUUUGUCCUGGAAUGAGCAUUUCCACGCUGAAAGGAGGAGGAAAGGAUAGCUUUUGUCUUUGGCGGUCUGUAUGUUUUGCAGGUAAUUCGCUUGCGAGUUUAUUGUCAGGCAGGUUGCUAAAUUGCCAGCGAGAUGAAAUUGCAGAAAGUAAUACUUGGAGACAGGCGUAUUAUUCUGCUUUGAUUCAACAUGUUCACAGCUUCUCAGCGCUGCUAGGUGCAACUGGUACAGCUGAUUGUAAACUGAUAAGACGUGUGGUUAUUUUAUGCUUGGGGAUUUUUGUUUUUUGUUUAAUCCAUGUGAAUAUAUUUCAAAUCUUUGACUGGUUGUGCUUCACCACCCACACACAGCAGAACUGGCACAACCCAGAAGUUUGAAGAAAAAUCCUUUAUAGUGAGGGGUGGGCUGUAACUCAAAGGAGUGGGAAUGGGACAUCCUGGAAAAGGACGAUGGAGGAAGAGAGACGUGGUAGAAUGUGAGCCAUCUCGUAUGGAUAGGUAAAAUUUUCUGGUUCACACUAAGAAGCUAUUCGUAAAUGCCCUCUGGUUUGGAAGUGAGUUGCCCAUAGAGAUCAUUGGAGACAUCCGAGAUAUUAAUGCAGCUGGGAUUCCGCCACCAGGAUCAUCACCCCCUGCAAAGCAGCCCUGCCAGCACUGAACAUGCUCAGUGGGGAUGGCUGGUUGGUGAUAACCCCCCCAAAAAAGCAGAGAGUGAGUGGCAGGGGGAUAUUGGGGUCUGGCUGGAAUAAAAGACCAGAUCAGACCAAACACUCAAUCUAGUUCAGUAUCCUGCUCUCACAAUGGCCAUCCGAAUGCACGUGGGAAGUCCUCAAGCAGCGCAUAAGCACAACGCUCUCCCCGCUUGUGGACGCGGGUGGCGCUGUGGUCUAAACCAUUGAGCCUCUUGGGCUUGCCGAUCAGAAGGUUGGCGGUUCGAAUCCCCAUAACGGAGCGAGCUCCCAUUGCUCUGUCCUAGCUCCUGCCAACCCAGCAGUUCGAAAGCAUGCCAGUUCAAGUAGAUAAAUAGGUACCACUGUGACAGGAAGGUAAACAGUGUUUCUGUGUGCUCUGGUUUCUGUCACGGUGUUCAGUUGCGCCAGAAGUGGUUUAGUCCUGCUGGCCAUAUGACCCAGAAAGCUGUCUGUGGACAAAUGCCGGCUCCCUAGGCCUGAAUGUGAGAUGAGCGCCGCAACCUCAUAGUCAUCUUUGGCUGGACGUAACCGCCCAGGGGUCCCUUUACAUUUUUUUACCUUUUUCUACCCACUACCGCUAGAUCCCAAUCUGCUUUCUGCCUUUCCAAUUAUUUUGAAGCUAGCUGCCCUGUAAGGCUGGGCAAUAUCUGAUUUUCAUCAUCGCAAUAUAUCCCCAUCUGAACAUCGCAAUAUACCAAUUCAUCACAAUGUCUGAAAUAAGGAGGGGGCUGUGAAGAGGAAUUGGCUGGCUUCACGGUUUCCCUCACAUUUUGCAUAGCACACAACACACACACACACGAUUCGUAAUCUAUUCACAGGUCAAAAAAUAUGAAACCAAUAUACCAUGAUACGGACUUGAAACUGGUUUUGGAUGAUAUAUCAAUAUAUCAUCUAGCCCUACUGACCUGUUGCCUCUUAAUCAUCUCGUCUGCAGGUUAAACAUACACAACUUUUCUCAAAAGUAGGGAUGGAAUUUAGCUCAGUUCUCACUUAAAGCCAAAUUUAUCACAACCACACUUUCUGAAACAAUGUGGAAACUGAAGCAUGGCCAUCCUUUGAAAUCUGCACUUACCUGAAAUUUGCUAUGCAGUUGUCCAACUAAACAGCGUUUUAAAAAAGUAUUAUGCAUAUAUUUUAUAUAUUGGUGAAAACGGCAUGCAAAAAAUGCAUUCUGUGAGGAGAAAUUGCUUGUAAAAACAUGUCCGUUGGUGAAAAGUGCAUACAAAAAUUAAUAUAAAUUCAUUCCAAAAUGCAUCGUCACUCCCCCCCAACACAUUCAUCCUUUAUCCUUUGCCUUAAAGUGGACAUUGUUGCAAGUGAAGCUUUGGGGGAACAGAAAUAGAGGAAGGAAGGAGAGAGAGAGAGAGAGAGAGAGAGAGAGAGAGAAUUGAACAAGAGCUAUCAAAUCCCAACAGACCUGAAAGGAGUGGAAGCUGCAGGAAGAAUAGUUGUUAGCAUAUGCCUCUGCUUUGCUUCUGUUAGGUGAUGAAUUAUCAGUAUUCCUUUGCCUUAAACCUUUAUGACUUGUAUCCAUCCAAGGGAGAAUCAUGCUUUUUUGUUCAGGAGGGCAAAUGUGGGUCAGGAAGGUAAAUUCUUCAUGCUGACACAUAUCUCUGACACAGAGGAAGAGAGGGAUAGGGCUCUGUUACCUGGAACCUACUUGCGCAUUCUGCUGACUACCCUCAUUUUCUAGGAAGACCGCUUACAGAUUGUAAUGAUCUCAGGCAGGCAAGCAAGCUCUGAAAAGAAUUAACGAGUCUCUGGCAGUUUUAUGGUAUGUUUGUUUACAAUUCACUCCCAGAGAAUGUGCCUGCCGUUCUUAGCUACGAGUUGGUCACUCUGAGUCUCCGCCCCUUUCGCAGCAUGAAAGGCGCCAAAGUCCAGUCCUUCCGCUCUUGUACUUCCGUUGCAUUUUGACCCUUUCAGCUCUUCUGGUUCAGGGAGAAGGGGGGUGGACUCCCCUUCCUCUCUCAAACGAAGAGCCCUCUAAACUCUGCCUCCCUCCUGGUUGCAUAGCAACCCUCUCAAUGCCAUCUAUCUCCUCCUCCUCCUCUGCCUGUGAGCUUUCCGAGUCUGCUGCUUUAUCUGAGUCUGGGAACUCUCAUUGAAGGAGGCCCAAACUAACCCACUCCUGCUCUGUCUGCAUUCCCUUGUCUCCAGAAUCAGCCUCUUCCCAGGCGUUUGAUUCAGCCAUGUCUCUGACACAGAUACACUCCAGAGGGAGAGUUCUUGAGUGUUUCUGCUGGACCGAUCACCUAUGUGGAGGUCACCUAUGGGAGGAACUGUAGCUUAUUGGUGUUGCACCUGAACUGCAAGUAGAAGGAGAUAGUUGAGUGGUACGGCAUUUGCCUUGCAUGCAUGAGGGCACAGCUGAGUGCCAGAGCACCUGCUUUGCAUGUCGAAGGUUGAAGGUAAGUUGUAGAGUUUUGCAUGCAGAAGGUCCCAUAUUCAAUCCCCAACAUCUCCUGCUAAAAGCUGAUGGGGAAGGAAAGUAUUCCCGAGCCUUUGGAGUGUCAGGGAGAGAUGACCAGAGAUGGAGAACUUGUGGUCCUCUCCAGGCUUGCUGGACUCCCAAUUCCUGAUGGUUGACUAUGCUUCCUGGGACUGAUGGAGUCCAACAUCUGGAGAUGUUCUCCAGCCCCGGAACAGAGAAUACUGAUCGGGUCUAAGGGCAGCUUCCUAAAAGUCUGUUUGGAAAAAUUAAAGUACAAAAAACAUGUCUAACAUGGAAUAUAUAUAUAUAUAUAUAUAUAUAUAUAUAUAUAUAUAAUGAUUAGCUAUAUCUGUCCCCAGCAAACGGGCUUGCUUUGCCAAUCCAAUACUGUUGCUUUGCAAUAGAAAGACAAAAGAAUAAAUCCACUUUAUUUUUGAGAUAGUAUGGCAGAGAAAUUUAACUUGCUUUUUGUUAUACUAGAUGGGGCAAGUUCUUGGCAAAGAUGGCACCUCAGUGUAUCAAUGUCUGCCAUUCCAUUGGGUGGCUGUUUCAAACUUAAUAUGCCAUCUCUAAAGCAGAGCUGGAGCAAUAGUCUAUAUUUGAUUUUGAGUGUUUGACAAUUUCUGGUCUAUAUGCAGGAAGCAAAUUUAGGUAGAAAAUGUGCUGCUCAUUUGCAAACUCUGAGGAUUUAUUUUCUUAGAGGGCCUUCCCCCCCCACCCCAACCUCCGAAGUAUUGUUUCAAUAUUUAUUCAGAACGCUAUUUAUUUAAGGCUACAUUUGCACAUUUAUUCAAUCAUGAAUUCCUGCAACUUCUCGUUUGCCCUGCUAACUGUAUGUUUGCCUUUGACACCUUGCUGCCGUAUUUCAAGCACAAACCAUUGCAUUCAGCGGAUCUUACUUCUGAGUAGACAGGCAGAGGGUUGCACUGGCUGGUUAGAGUGUUUUAAAAACAUCUUAGUCAAGAAUUCUGGACGCUAUAGUGUUUUAUAUUUUGCUGAGAACUAUAGCUUUGCCAACAAAGGUCCGUAUAGUAAAAGCUAUGGUUUUCCCAGUAGUGAUGUAUGGAAGUGAGAGCUGGACCAUAAAGAAGGCUGAUCGCCGAAGAAUUGAUGCUUUUGAAUUAUGGUGCUGGAGGAGACUCUUGAGAGUCCCAUGGACUGCAAGAAGAUCAAACCUAUCCAUUCUUAAGGAAAUCAGCCCUGAGUGCUCACUGGAAGGACAGAUUGUGAAGCUGAGGCGCCAAUACUGUGGCCACCUCAUGAGAAGAGAAGACUCCCUGGAAAAGACCCUGAUGCUGGGAAAGAUGGAGGGAACAAGGAGAAGGGAAUGACAGAGGAUGAGAUGGUUGGAUAGUGUUCUGGAAGCUACCAGCAUGAAUUUGACCAAACUGCGGGAGGCAGUGGAAGACAGGAGGGCCUGGCGUGCUCUGGUCCAUGGGGUCACGAAGAGUCGGACACAACUAAAUGACUAAACAACAACAACAAAUAGCUUUGUGAGGGAAAAGCUAUCAUUCCCAUAAUUCUUUGGGGGAAAGGAUGUGCUUUAAAUGUAAAAAGGUACAGAUGGUAAUAAGUCACAUCCAUUGCUCCAACUAUUUGUUGCCUCUACCCCGUCUGCCAAUGGCAUAUGGUCCCUGGAAGAUUACCUAUGAGGGAACAUGGCCGUGCAGUCUGAAGUGUUCCCACACUUUGGACUCACAAGAUCAGCACCAGACAUAUUGAAAUAUUUAGACCUUUCAAGGAUAUUGCAGAUCUGGGCUCUGUUAUUACUUGAAAAAUAAUACAUUUACGUUUAUUUUAUUUCUGCAUUUUCUGUUCAGAUAAGCACAAGAAGCUUUGGCAGGAGCUGUGAGGAGGCCCCGGCAGUAACUACAUAUCCAACACCCAUCCAACCGCCACUGAUACCAAUAUACGAAUAAAUUGCAUCUCCCAGUCAGAAGCCUCAAAUAAUUAAGUGAGAGGAAACAAUUUACUCCAGACUGGAGACAUUAAACAAAAAGAUUGGGGAGGGAAGAGCAGAGCAGAGACGGGGAAGCUAGUGCUAGAUUUCUGUUGCAAAUAUAACAGGAAGAUACCACAUCAGUCCAUAUUGACAGUAAAAAAUAACCUGUCAACUCCAAUUUAAACAUAUAUUAAUGUCAGCAGACCAUAUGCCCUGAUAGAUACUAACAUAGAUAAAUACUAACAGCUUCAUACCUGGCGUUGCUUGGGAAUUCUAAACCCCCCCCCAAAAAAAUGUGUAGUUAUGAAAGGUUCAGUCCAUCGUGUUAAUCCAAUUGUCUCCAGAAGAGAUGAAAUCCUUCCACUUGAUCUCAGGAACUAUUAUAGUGGUACCUCGGGUUACAUAUGCUUCAGGUUACAGAUGCUUCAGGUUACAGACUCCGCUAACUCAGAAAUAGUACCUUGGGUUAAGAACUUUGCUUCAGGAUGAGAACAGGAAUCGUGCUCUGGCGGCGCAGCGGCAGCAGGAGGCCCCAUUAGCUAAAGUGGUGCUUCAGGUUAAGAAUAGUUUCAGGUUAAGAACGGACCUCCGGAACGAAUUAAGUACUUAACCUGAGGUACCACUGUAUACAGAAUUGGGUUACGAUUCCUUCAAAGGUGUCCAGACGCAUAGGAAACAAAGAAUUUUCAAAAAUAUAUACUAGGUCAUUGCCAUACGUCCAGAUUUUCCCAGACAUAUAUAUGGAAUACUGCCGUCGGCAGCAGUGCCCUGUUGGAAAUCUUACAAAUGUCUGGGGGAAAUCUGGACAUUUGGCAGUGCCGUUUUUGCCGUAUUUCCAUAUAAAAGCUCAGAAAUGGCAUUUUUAAAUGCGAUUUUGUCCCAAAAGCUCAACAACUGUCCGGAUUUGUAACUGUUUGAAAUAAAGGUAAAGGACCCCUGGACGGUUAAGUCCAGUCAAAGGUGACUAUGGGAUUGUGGUCGCUCAUCUCACUUUCAGGUCAAGGGAGCUGUCGUUUGUCCACAGACAGCUUUCUGGGUCAUGUGGCCAGCAGGACUAAAUUGCUUCUGGCGCAGCGGAACACUAACAGAAGCCAGAGCACACGGAAAUGCUGUUUACAUUUCCGCCACAGCAGUACCUAUUUAUCUACUAGCAUGCUUUCGAACUGCUAGGUUGGCAGGAGCUGGGACAUAGCAACGGGAGCUCACCUCGUCACGGGGAUUUGAACCACCGACCUUCCAAUCAGCAAGCCCGAGGGCUCAGUGGUUUAGACCACAGCACCACCCACGUCCCUAAUUAGGCAACCUUAAUAUAUACUGAAGGGACGUGGGUGGUGCUGUGGGUUAAACCACAGAGCCUAGGACUUGCCGAUCAGAAGGUCGGUGGUUCGAAUCCCCGCGACGGGGUGAGCUCCCGUUGCUUGGUCCCUGCUCCUGCCCACCUAGCAGUUUGAAAGCAUGUCAGAGUGCAAGUAGAUAAAUAGGUACUGCUCCGACGGGAAGGUAAACGGCGUUUCCAUACACUGCUCUGGCCUGCCAAAAGCGGCUUAGUCAUGCUGGCCACAUGACCCAGAAGCUGUACACCGGCUCCCUCGGCCAAUAAAGCGAGAUGAGCGCCGCAACCCCAGAGUCGGUCACGACUGGACCUAAUGGUCAGGGGUCCCUUUACCUUUACCUAAUAUAUACUAGAUACAUUCAAAUGUAGAAAGGACAGUAAUAUGUUCAGAUUAUUUACCCUUCCAACUUUGAAACAGCUUCCACAUUUGCUCUGCAUCUGUUAGUCUCCACAUCGCAGGAAUAUAAUUUAGAAGCGUAUGAGCACCCACAAAUGUCAAGGAUUGUUUCCAAAGCAAAGUUAAUAUGAACAAUAAUAUUUCACCCAAAAGAGGACGCUAUACAACAGGCCCACAUCAAUGAGGUUUUAUCAGUAUCAUAUCAUUGGCAUCUGAAUGAGCAAAAACACACACAUACAGCCAAGAGUUUCAUGGCACCUUAAAGACAAACAAGAUUUAUUGUGGUGUGAGCCUAUGUGGACAAAAGCCCACUUUGUCAGAUGUUUGAAGUGUUAUCAGCAAGAGGAUAGAAUUAAUUAACAAGACGUAUAUACCGCUUAAUUAAGAAAUAGCAAUUCGUUUAAAGCAUAUCAAAGAAAACUAAGUGAGCCUAAAGCUUACUAACAGGCCAUGAAUAUCCCAGGGUAUCUCUUAACCAAAUGACAGGAAUAGCCAGCAACUCCCUUCCCACUUUUCUACUUGUACACAGCAGGUUCAGCAAGAGCGUACACCGACCAUCAGAAACAGGCUCUCUUCUUUUCGUAAUGAAAUACAGUGCUUUUGCUCCUACAUCCAUCCCCCCAGCGAAUAAAAGUUCCUGAAGUUUCUCUCCUCUGCAAAAACUAACAAGUAAGAUGAUGAGGUUCGUUCCAAAGGGUUGCACAGCCACCGCAGGCUCAUUUGUUUCAAAUGUCCCCUUGGCGAUUCCCACUCCAUAUCGGAACAAAAAUAGCAGAUCGGCACAAUGGUUGCCUUUAAGCUUGGCAGCGGUUCAGGACGGCAGCCGGUUCCCUUCUUCUCCCUGGCAGAGGCAUGAAUCAACGUCUGAAAGCCCGAUGGCCAGCAAAACCUCAGCCCCUGAGUGCAAACAUGCAAUUCAAGCCAAGAAAACACCCAGACUUCACUCUUCCUUUUCCCUGCUAUUGUUUCCCUCUUUGCGCAGAAUUCCCUCCAGCCCCCGAAAUGCUAUUUUGCACCAAGAAAGCAACAGUUGUGUUGGGGGUGGGAGACGGGACAGACACACACAAGCAAAUGGUGGUGUUGGGAAGAUGGACACCACAGUGUUACUGAGAGCCAGUGUGGUGUAGUGGUAAAGAGCGGUGGACUCGUAAUCUGGUGAACCGGGUUCACUUCCCCGCUCCUCCACAUGCACAUCCUUAAGGGGAGUGAAAGGCGGGAUAUCAAGUCCAAACUCCUCCUCCUCCUCUUCAACUACUACUGAAUAGCUAAGUCAGUAGAGCUUGAAACUCUUAAGGAGAAGAGUUUGGAUUUGAUAUCACGCAUUAUCACUACCCGAAGGAGUCUCAAAGUGACUAACAUUCUCCUUUCCCUUCCUCCCCCACAACAAAAACUCUGUGAGGUGAGUGGGGCUGAGAGACUUCAGAGAAGUGUGACUAGCCCAAGGUCACCCAGCAGCUGCAUGUGGAGGAGUGGAGAUGCGAACUCGGUUCACCAGAUUACGAGACUACCGCUCUUAACCACACUGGCUCUUAAUCUGAGAGUUGUGGGUUUGAGUCUUGCCUUGGGUAAAAGCAGUGCUUUUUUCCUGGGGGUACGCAGGGGUACGCAUACCCCCUAAACAUUUUGUGAUUUUUUUUGUGCUUCUGUCCAUUUACUGUAUUUACUUUUCCCGAUUUGAACUAUAAAAUGGUGAUUUUCUUGAGUCAAAAUGAGAGUACCCCUAAACAUCAUUUUUAAAGAAAAAAAGCACAGGGUAAAAGGUCGCAGGGGGUUGUACUAUGUAGAUGAUCUGGUGGUUCCUUCCAGGUCUACAAUCUUAUGAUUCUAUGAUACAGAGCACGAUAAAAACCGUAAAAACAAGAACCCCAUUCAUAGCCUCCAAAUCACAAUCCAUUCAAUAUACAGUCGUACCUUGGUUCUUGAAUGCCUUGGUACUCAGACGUUUUGGUUCCCCAACUCUGAAAACCCAGAAGUAAGUGUUCCGGUUUUUGAACGUUUUCUGGAAGCCAAAUGUCCGAUGCGGCUUCCGAUUGAGUGCAGGAAGCUCCUGCAGCCAAUCGGAAGCUGUGCCUUGGUUUUCGAAACGUUUCUGGAGUCAAAUGGACUCCUGGAACGGAUUAAGUUCGAGAACCAAGGUACGACUGUAUUGCAGGGAGGACACCCAAAUCAGUUCUUCAGUUUUCUAAGGCAAGGGUAAAUUUAAGAGUAUUGGUCCUCAUCCAGUAUGCUGUCGUCCUGUGAGCCCAUGAUGACACUGACAGGCAUAUAUUCUGGGUUGGAGAAGUGUCCCAGCCAGGGCCCCAAUCUAUAAUGAAUCCUAUUUUUCUUUUAUCCCUUAUGCUGCAGUCCAAAUUAACCAGCCUAUAGUUAAAAUGCUGCAGUGUUGUAGAGCUACCAGAUGUUUCCUUUCUUCUAUUAAAAAGAAAGUCGGGGUAGAAUCUUGAUUAUUAUUAACUGCACAAGCCGAGUUUUCAUCUUAUUGAUUGCAUAAUAGAUCAACUGCAAAAAUAAUUAUACCUGUGAAAAGCUUGAGCAGGAGGGGAAAGGCGCCCGCAGCGAAGCAAUCCUAGUUUGUAAUUUUUAAAAAAGAAAGCGAGUCAGGGAUAUGAGCCUGCUUGGACGAAUUAAAACCAAAUAGUGGAAGAAACAAUCAUAAAAGUGCCCUGGCCCAGCAGCACACACUAAUAUCAAGAGAGAAAAGCGGAAUUAAAGAGAAGUACCAGGAACGUGGAAAUUAUCCUUAAGAGAUUGCUUAGUUGUUUCUACAUCCAUAUUGUUUACCAAUCACUUGUAACCUUUAUGUGAUUGAAAUGUGAAUUAUAGUGCAUAUAUCUAGGAUUUCAAACCAGUUAAAGAAAUCCUAGCUAAGCGUAAGUGUUGUUAAUGAUUCAAAUGAAUCAGCAUGAUUGAGAAUGAUAGCACUGUGUGUGUGUUUCUAUACUCACACAUACACCUUUGCUGUUUUUAAAUAAUGUCUUCACAGCUGGCAUCAUAGCAGCAGACUUUAUAUACCACAUCAGACCACUGGCCCAUCUACCGGUAGUUAACGUAAAGGUACUCCAGUGUGGUACAGUGGUUAAGAGUGGUAGUCUCGUAAUCUGGGGAACCGAGUUCGCUUCCCCGCUCCUCCACCUGCAGCUGCUGGGUGACCUUGGGCUAGUCACACUUCCCUGAAGUCUCUCAGCCUCACUCACCUCACAGGGUGUUUGUUGUGGGGAGGAAGGGAAAGGAGAAUGUUAGCCGCUUUGAGACUCCUUCGGGUAGUGAUAAAGUGGGUUAUCAAAUCCAAACUCUUCUUCUUCUUCCAAUGGUCUGACUCUGUACAAGUGAGCUUUCCGUGCUUCUGUUCCGCUCUCUGAAUUUCAUGGUGCAGUUUACUUUAAAAAGGGUUAUUUUAGAGGAAGAAUGUGUACAAAAUGCCUACAGUGAUCCUUUUAAACCAGGCCUUUGGUUGAUUUGAUUGACAUCCUAUGCCCUUUUAAAAUGUGGUGGUGUUUGGUGUGUUUUUUUGAAGUUUUUUUUAAUUGGGUUGUUGUUUUUAUUUUGAAUACCGUAUUUUUCGCUCUAUAAGACGCACCAGACCACAAGACGCACCUAGUUUUUGGAGGAGGAAAACAAGAAAAAAAAUAUUCUGAAUCUCAGAAGCCAGAACAGCAAGUGGGAUCGCUGUGCAGUGAAAGCAGCAAUCCCUCUUGCUGUUCUGGCUUCUGGGAUAGCUGCGCAGCCUGCAUUCGCUCCAUAAGCUGCACACACAUUUCCCCUUACUGUUUAGGAGGGAAAAAGUGAGUCUUAUAGAGCAAAAAAUACAGUAUAUAUUUUGAUUUGGUUCUGUGAACUGCCCUGAGACCUCUGGGUAAAGGGCAGUAUAUAAAUUCAAUUAUUAUUAAUAAUAAUACAGUGGUAUCUCAGUUUACAAACUUAAUCUGUUCCGGAAGUCUGUUCUUAAACCAAAACUGUUCUUAAACCGAGGCAUGCUUUCCCUAAUGAGGCCUCCUGCCACUGGUGCCCUUCCACCGUUUGGAUUCCAUUCUCAGACCAAAGUAAAGUUCUCAAACCAAGACACUAUUUCCGGUUUUGUGGAGUUUGUAAACCAAAUCAUUCUUAAACUGGACUGUUCUUAAACUGAGGCACCACUGUAGUAAUAAUAAUAAUAAUAAUACAGUUAUACCUUGGUUUUCAAACAGAAUGCAUUCUGGAAGUCUGUUCAACUUCCGAAGUGUUCGGAAACCAAGCCAUGGCUUCUGACUGGCUGCAGGAGCGUCCUGCAGCCAAUUGGAAGCUGCGCCGGACAUUCAGCUUCCAAGGCAAAGUCAGUCCACAAACCGGAACACCUACUUCUGGGUUUACGCCAUUCGAGUUCUGAGUUCAUGAACUAAGCUGUUCUAAAACCAAGGUAUGACUGUACAGUGGUACCUCUGGUUACAUACGCUUCAGGUUACAGACUCCGCUAACCCAGAAAUAGUACCUCGGGUUUAGAACUUUGCUUCAGGAUGAGAACAGAAAUCGUGCAGUGGCAGUGCAGCGGCAGCAGGAGGCCCCAUUAGCUACAGUGGUGCUUCAGGUGAAGAACAGUUUCAGGUUAAGGACAGACCUCCAGAACGAAUUAAGUUCUUAACCCGAGGUACCAUUGUAAUAAUAAUAAUAAUUGAUGCAAUUUUUAUGCAUUAAAAAAAAAAAUCCACAACAAAAAAAUCUGUAUGGAAUAGACCUGUGAGUGAACACAUACAUAAUUGACACAGAUCAGAAGAACCCAUCAGUCCCUAACAUGAGAGCAGAGCUAGCUUGCUGCCCUCAGCUGUGCUUGAGGACACUGUCCCAUCACCAGUAUUGGGAGUAAACUUCUACUGCCCCUCAAGUUGGUUUCUGUACAUGGGAGGGGGUGGUACAAUUUCGGUUUCUCUCAAACUUUUCAUUUCCCCCACUCUUAAGUCAUAGCUGCUUUUAGAUUUCCCCAUUCUAGUGAAUGGGGAACCAGAGAGCUUUUUUUUUACACAGCGUGCCUCAGGAGCAGAACUGCAGAUCGAAGCAGAGAGCCCACAAAACAACUCAGAAACAGAUGAGAAUUUAAAACAACAUAGCUAUAAGGCAAAUCUUGAGGUCUGUGCACGCGUCAAUAUAUGCCACCCUUCCUGAAUAAAUAAAAAGGAAAUGAGUUGGUGAAGUCAGUACUGUUUCACUCAAAAUGUAUGUUUUUAUGUUCUCUCUUCAACAGAGGGUCUGGAUCUCAUCCUCGUGCCAGGACUUGGUUUUGACCAAACCGGCAACAGACUGGGAAGAGGAAAGGGGUACUAUGAUACAUACCUGAACAGGUGCAGACAGCAUCCCAAAGGAAAACCUUACACAAUCGCCUUGGCUUUUAAAGAACAAGUAUGUGACGUGGUCCCUGCGUCUGAAAAUGAUGUGAAAGUUGAUGAAGUCCUGUUUGAAGACAACUGACCUGGAACCAGUUUUUAUGAAUUCCUAAACAGCUGUAGAGCUGGUCCACAACUGCACAUUCACCGCUGGCUGCAUUAACAUGUCUGAAAGGCUCGCUCCAGAUUACAGAUCAGGUGAAAGGCUCAUCUAGUCUAGCAUCCUGGUCUUGCGUGGCGAGUUCCCGCCUCCCCUUGGUGGAAAUAACGACACAUGACACAAGUAUUUAGGUUAAUGGGCUAAAAAUGGCCACAGCUUUAUUGGUUACAGGUGAUGAGCGGUAUUGGCUUAGGCAUUGGUCCUACCGACUAUCCGGCUUCAGCCUGUUUGCUUGAAGACCGGGAAGGGUUAACUGCCAGUAGGGGGAGUCCUGCUGAUGCACAUCAACUAGGAACUCCCCCGGGGUCACCGCUUGGGGGCGUGCCUUAGGCCCUCACCUCCAUAGGCUUCGGACAGGGCCACGCCCCCCAGAAUCCUUUACCGGACUACCCUUCGCAAUCCAGGGGAGGUGAUGUCGCUUCCUCCCCCCCUUCAUCUACAUAACAAUACCCCUACCAAUGCCUAACCGCCCAUCCCAGGAAGUUGUGAUGAUUUGCUACGAGGUAGGCGAAAAAGCCAAGUGGCUGGUGCCAAUUUGCCAAGUGGAAAAAUUGCAACCAGGCCCCUUGACAGCGACCAACCAAAGUCCAUAGCAAGGUCUUAUGAAACCUAAAGGGCGGGUGGGUGGGACACCAGAGGAGCUAUGGCGGCAAAAGAGGGAGAUCCUUGGCCGCGUCAAUGCUAAAUAGCGCAAACCACGCCUCCCCCAGGCCAGUUGAUUGGCUGGCUAGGGAGAUGACGCGGCCAAGGAUUCCCUCAAUGGUGUGGAGGCUGGGAGCCAGCCCCCGCGCACGUGGGGAGGGCGUGAAGCCCGCAACCCAACCUCCUCUCGAACUCGGAAGUGGCUUUACAGUGGCCAGCCAGUUACCUACAAUGGACAGGAUCUGAGUGGAAGAGCUCUCUCUCUCCAUGCAAAGCCAGUGGAGUCCACAGAAUGUGCAAUAUAGAUGAUGAUGGUGAUGAUGACAACAACAACAACAACAACAACAACAACAACAAUUAUUUAGUAUUUCUACUCUUCCCAUCUGACUGGGUUUCUCCAGCCACUCUGGGCGGCUUUCAACAGAACAUUAAAAACAGAAUAAAACUUCGAACGUUAAAAACUUCCCUAAACAAGGCUGCUGUCAGGUGUCUCCUAAAAGUCGGAUCACAUUUUUACACAUAACAGAACAUGAUACAUUUGUGUUUUAUAGGAUAUACACCUGUCUCAUAAUCUGACAGUUCAGUGUGAUUAAAAGAUUAUUUGUUUCACCCGAAAGGCUUUGCGCUGAAUUAAGAUUUGUCUCUCACUCGCCUAUAGACAUUUUGGGGGCCGUGCACAUUCUUCUUGUAAACCUUUCAUUCCAAUUUUAACUCAGAAAGAAGUGUUCCACAAAGCGAUUAGAAGUUUGGGGGAGCACAAGUUGUCAGUGGGACUUCUUUAGCCAUUUGUAAGGGAGAUUAAUUUUUGUUGUUCUUUUUCUUACCGUGCUCUUGUGAAACGUUUCCUGUUUACAUUCUUACCGUUUCAGAAGUCUGCCGAGCAACCAUUUAAAAAAUGCUAGUAGAAAAUGUUACGAAGUAACUCAGGAUUUAUUUCUUUGUUUGUUUAUAGGAUUCAUAAUCCGCCUUUUGGGAACAUGCCCCAUAAAGUGAUUAGCACACAGAUGCUAUGGCAGUGAAUGGCAGAAUGCUGCUCUGACUGAGUCAGGAUUAAGUGGGUUGUGAUUGACUUAAGCACAUCCAGGAGUUCUAUAGUGCAGGGCAUUUGGGUUUUAGGACAGUCUCUUUCCUGUGUCAGGGCUGGGUGUUGUGCAGCGUUCCUGAACACGCCAGGAACUAAGAACUGCAACUCGAGACUGACGAGCCCUCAGGAAGAAAGUGCAAUCAGAAUUAGAGGACUAUAGCUAGAAGGCAGAAUCAGAGAACAAACAUGGAGUCGGGACAGAAGAGCAAGAGACAAUUGAAGGCUCAGCUUUUUUCUACCCAGAAUGCUCAAAUGGCCAAUUUGGUGUGGGAUGUAACCCAUUAGAGCAGUCAAAUACAACAUUCCUUGUUUCCCUAGAGUGGACACAGGCAGGGGGAUGUUACUCCACCCAGUUGAACUUCCUGUUAUACCUGGUCUGGAGCAUCUUCUCCCUGUAUGUGACCAGGUAGGUGGGCGUGACCUUGGCAGACCCUACAAAGGGGCCAGUCACGCAGCCAUCUUCCUCUUUUGAUGCCAUUUCUUCUCUUGGACUGCACUGGGAUAAAUGCCUAUAUGGGAUGAAUCCACACCUUCUGUAACUACAAGCUAAAGCAGGCUUCCUCAACCUCAGCCUUCCAGAUGUUUUUGGCCUACAGCUCCCAUGAGCCCUAGCUAGCAGGACCAGUGGUCAGGGAUGAUGGGAAUUGUAGUCUCAAAACAUCUGGAGGGCCGAGGUUGAGGAAGUCUGAGCUAAAGCCUGCCUUCAGGGAUCAUACUGUGAACUGAAUGUAAGUAAACUUCCUGUUACUCUGUAAGGAAAGACUGUUGUGUCUUUACUUCUAUUUAAAGAGGGAACAAAAGGGGACUUACAAGGAAUAAACUCUAAUUUGGGCAUGCCAGAUUGGAAUGCUUAACUAAAGAGAUUCAAAUGAAUCUGCAAACUAGCUUCCUGCUGUGUAAAGGGGAAUGAGCUCUGCUAUAUGACUCGCUAGUGUGAGUGAGGAAGGAUAAUAUUUAAUCAAUAUAUCCUCUCCUACUAUCCACAACAUUCCCACACCUGGGUGGGUGGGUUUUACCAGGUCUGGAAGGGUUCUGACACCUUCUGUUUAGUGAUUCACCACAUGAGGCAGCUGCUUACAGUAUCCGACACUAGGCUGCUAAACUCAUGGGGUGGUAGUCCUCAGUUCCUGACUGUAGGAUUGGCGUUAGUCCAACCCUCCAGCAUCUUUGCUAUUGGUGGCACCCCUAGAUAAGGACAAGAUGGGGUUGACUGGGCAGCAUCGCAGAACACUUUGUCAGCUUUGAAAAUAAAAUAAGACAAUCCCCAUAGAGGCUGCCUUGAGCUCUGUGGAGAGAUACGAGUAUGAAUAGGCUCCUGGGAACAUGGAAAGCUGCCUUAUGCCCAGUGUCAGGCAUGGAGAGUCCUCCCCUCCCUCCAGUAACUUCACAGAUAAGAAUUAACGAGCGGUUGAUAAAUUUAUAGUCCUUUUACUACAGCGCCAUGUUGCAAGC